UUCUCCUUUACCAUGACCAGCGGCUGGUCCUGAGACUAGUAACUAGCCUUCGCCUCACCUGCCUGACAGUCGACAUGCCUGACGACCUUUCUUAGAUUUUUUUUUAUAGCUCCAUGGAAUCAUCAAACAGUUUCGUAAAGAUGUGGAAACAACAUUUUUCAGAGAAAAGUGUUACCACUGUGAAGGUUACCUAGGGUUAGUUGCCUAGCCUUUGGUCAUUUGAUGACAUGGCAGCAGUGUUACAGGAACUCGCCACAUUGACGUUGGUUGCUGUCGUUUUUGUGUCAAGUCUCGCAUUUGGGCAAAAUCAGUAUGACGUACGUCUUGUUGGAGGUGACAGUGAUCUAGAAGGUCGAGUGGAGGUGUUUGUGGAUGGUGCUUGGGGAACAGUCUGUGAUGAUGACUGGGAUUUGAAAGAUGCUAAAGUUGCUUGUCAUCAACUUGGCUUUUUCACUGCUAAAUCUGCCCUGACUAAUGCACACUUUGGAAGAGGCAGUGGACCCAUCGUGUAUGAUGAAGUGAGAUGUGAAGGGGAUGAAAGGAAGUUACAGUUUUGUCCCCUGUCAACUAGCCACAACUGUAACCAUGAUGAAGAUGCUGGAGUAGUAUGUGCUGGAAUGGACCCAGCAGACAUGGCUUCUGUACCAGUACGUCUUGUUGGAGGUGACAAUGAUCUAGAAGGUCGAGUGGAGGUGUUUGUGGAUGGUGUUUGGGGAACAGUCUGUGAUGAUGACUGGGAUUUGAAAGAUGCUCAAGUUGUUUGUCGUCAACUUGGCUUUUUCACUGCUAAAUCUGCCCUGACUAAUGCCCACUUUGGAAGAGGCAGUGGACCCAUCGUGUAUGAUGAAGUGAGAUGUGAAGGGGAUGAAAGCAGGUUACAGUUUUGUCCCCUGUCAACUAGCCACAACUGUAACCAUGGUGAAGAUGCUGGAGUAGUGUGUGCUGGAACGGACCCAGUAGACGUGGUACGUCUUGUUGGAGGAGACAAUGAUCUAGAAGGUCGAGUGGAGGUGUUUGUGGAUGGUGUUUGGGGAACAGUCUGUGAUGAUGACUGGGAUUUGAAAGAUGCUCAAGUUGUUUGUCGUCAACUUGGCUUUUUCACUGCUAAAUCUGCCCUGACUAAUGCCCACUUUGGAAGAGGCAGUGGACCCAUCGUGUAUGAUGAAGUGAGAUGUGGCGGGGAUGAAAGCAGGUUACAGUUUUGUCGCCUGUCAACUAGCCACAACUGUAACCAUGGUGAAGAUGCUGGAGUAGUAUGUGCUGGAAUGGAUCCAACUCAGCUAGCCCCAAGUACCAUACGUCUUGUGGAUGGUAGCAGUGCCCUUGAAGGCCGAGUGGAGGUGUUAGUAGACAGCAUUUGGGGGACAGUCUGUGAUGAUGACUGGGAUCUUAAUGAUGCUCGUGUUGUGUGUCUUCAGUUGGGCUAUUCAAGAGCUCUCUCAGCACCUGGGUCUGCGCAGUUUGGCCGUGGAACCAUCCCAAUCGUUCUAGAUGAUGUAAAUUGCAAAGGAUCAGAAAAGCAGUUGCAAGAUUGUCCUGCAAGNUAGGGUAACAACUGUAACCAUGGUGAAGAUGCUGGGGUCGUUUGUGCAAGUGCAUCUGCUGGUGAUAUUCGUCUCAUUGGCGGUAGCAGUGCUCUAGAGGGCCGAGUAGAGGUCUUUGUAAAUGGUGCUUGGGGAACUGUCUGUGAUGAUGGUUGGGAUCUAGCCGAUGCUUCAGUGGCAUGUCGUCAGUUGGGUUAUAAUCAUUCCCUAUCAGCACUUGGUUCAGCCCAUUUUGGCCAAGGAACAGGUGCUAUUGUUCUGGAUGGUGUUGACUGCACAGGACGAGAGAGCAGGUUGCAAGACUGUGCAUCAUCAUCCUAUCACAACUGUGGCCAUGGGGAAGAUGCUGGCAUCGUCUGUUCAGGUGGGCUUGAUACAUCUGCUGUACGGCUUGCAGGAGACAAUAGCAAUAUGCAUGGCCGAGUGGAGGUGUUUAUCAAUGGCGUCUGGGGAACAGUUUGUGAUGACGACUGGGAUUUGAAUGAUGCAAGAGUUGUAUGUCGGCAACUAGGCUUUGUGGAUGCACUUUCUGCUGUUGGAUCUGCAGAAUUCGGGCAGGGCAGUGGAGAUAUAUUUUUAGAUAACCUGGCAUGUGAUGGGACAGAGAGAACAUUGUUGGAUUGCCCACGGGCGGCCACACCUAACUGUGGACACAGUGAAGAUGCUGGUGUCAUUUGUCUAACAGCAACAGGACAAAAAGCUAUUCGGCUGGUUGGUGGUAGCAGUGCUCUUGAGGGACGAGUAGAGGUGUAUUCUGGAAAUCUUUGGGGUACUAUCUGUGACGAUGACUGGGAUUUAGCUGAUGCUACCGUGGUUUGUCGUCAGCUGGGUUAUGGAGAGGCUCUCUCAGCUCCUGGUGGUGCAACAUUUGGUGAAGGAACUGGUUUAAUAGCCAUGGACGAAAUGGAUUGUAAAGGAACAGAAGACAAUCUGUCGGAUUGUGCGUAUCAAGCUAUGGAAGAUUGCCAACAUUCUGAAGAUGCAGGUGUGUCCUGUAGUGGAAUGCAACCAGCGUAUGAAUUUGGUCAAGUCCGUUUGGUAGAUGGGAGCUCAGAAUAUGAGGGCUAUGUGGAGGUUUAUUACAACCAGCAGUGGGGUACUGUCUGCAAUAACGAAUGGGAUCAAGUCGAUGCAGAUGUCGUGUGUGAGGAGCUGGGAUUUGAUUUUGCCAUCUCUACCUCUGAGAGUAUGGAUUACGGCAGGUAUACUUAUGGACCCAUCUGGCUUUCCAAUGUGCGCUGUUACGGGACCGAAGACAGACUAGCUAAUUGUUACCAUAGAAAGUGGGAUAAUAAUUAUUGUUCACAUUCUCAAGAUGUGUGGGUGAAAUGCAACGGUACUCCAAGUACAUCACUGUCGGUUGCAGCCAUUAUUGGGAUUGCAGUGGGAUCGUUUGUGGGUUUGAUUCUUUGCAUCUUCUGCAGUUAUUGGUGUUGCUGUUCAUCAAAAAACACCACGACUGCAAGUUCAGCGGCCUCAAGGACUACCUAUUCUCAAGUCCCAGCCAAUGAAGCCAACACAGCCACUCCAGUCAUCCACUAUCAUCCUGCUCAACAGUCUGUCAGUGUAGCGCCCUCUAUGCCAGCACAACCAUCAGCCCCUACAUGGCCAGCUAAUGAGGUUCCACCCCCAUCCUAUGAGAUGGUGGUAGCGCAGCCCACAAUGUUCCCGCAGGUACCCACCAAAGGGUAUGAAGCUGAGACAACACAGCAAGUAGGUCCUUACAACCCCGCCUACCCACCAGCACAGCCCCCGCCCGCUUGCAACCAUGAACCAUCUAACUUGGGAACUGAUGCACCCAGGGCUGCACCUCAGGCCCAAGCACUGUCCAAUCCAACAUAUGAAUUACUCUCUGAUUAAUAACCUUUGACCUCGCAACUCAGUAGGUCUCACACACACAGUCUACCUAAUUGAAAAUUGACUGAAAAGGGUGCAACGUCAAUUCAAGAAGAUGCUGGAUUACAAUGCAACAAUGCAAAUGCUCGAGAAGGUGAUAAUGGAAAAAGGCUGCCAAAAGGAAUAACAAAGAAGUCAUUAUUGUAAGUCAUUAGAUUCUUCAACUUGGGCUUGUUAAUGUGAAGAACAACAUGUACUGAAGUUAAAAUCCUAAAUUUGCUUAUUCAACCACUUCAUGUCGAUGUUCUGCGAUACGAUGGAUGUUUAAACACAGUCUGGUACAAGUCAGUGCAAUAUUGAAGGUUUUUUUCCUGCAAUGAUAUUCACUGUGGGACAUGAAUAUUCAUAUUAACAUUUGCAUAAAACCCCUAAAGAAACCAAACACCUUUUAAAAAUAGCAACACGAGGGUGGAAAGUCAGUUAUCGUAAAUGUGUUGCGUGUGGCACAAUGAAGCAAUGUAUAUGUUGACAUGUGCCGCUCUCUUCACCCUGACCAUGACUAAGACCUGCAGAUUAUCAAGCCCCUGGUUGUGCACCCAGCUGUAAUGCUGGAAUAUGGGUAUGCUUUGAUCACCAUCUCUGUUGCGAUCGCCGUUGCUGUCGUAUAAAACUCUCAUGCCAUUGUCUCUUCUCAUCUGCUCUUCAAUAUUGUCAAUACUUUUCUACAGAAUUUUGGUGUAAAUAAUGUUUUGAAAUUCAACUAGUUGACAAACCCCAGAGCUUUAUGAAUCCCAGGUUUCUCUAGUAAAGCAGUUUGUUAUAAAUCCCAGCUUCCUCUGUCCUCCCCCCCAAAAAAAAGCUCACAAAAACAAAGGUUAGUAAAGGACAUCAAAAUUUACUGUCCAGUUUGAAGUUCAAGGGUUUCAGUUUGUCAAAGUGUUUUAAUUUAUCUUUCAAUAAAAUAUACAUGUAUUAUACAUAUAACGUUCUAGUGUAACUUUGACCAUGAUAUAACAAACCAAUUGUUGCCUGCUGUGUUGGGGUCCCUGGGUUUUGUACACCUUUGGGGGUAAAUGGCAUCCUCAGUUCCACCUCGAGUGUCAUUUGCCCCCUCGGGUGUACAAAACACCCGAGACACCUGCACCACAGGCAACAAUUGUUAAAAAAAGUAUGUAUGACAGGGUAGAUGGUAGAAUAUUGAAUUGAUUCAUGAAACACCUGCUUGACAAGUAUAAAGUGAAAUAAUGACUACAUUGCAUUUCUGUAUGAUAUAUUUGGAAACGUGCAUAUACUCUUAAAUUAUAAUAGUGGAGUAUUUUAUGUCAGUGGAAUUUUUUAAUAAUCUUAAAUACUUGUACAGUUUGUCAGCUUUUGGCAAUAGAAAGUGCAAAUUUCUAUAUUGCAUGUUUGUGGCAAGUGUAAUCUUGUCAGUGAGUAAAGUACUAUUUGCAGCUGUUAGUUAUUGAUAAUCCUGGUAACAUCAGAUUAAUUACCACUUGUCAAGUAAAGUUUGCAAUUUAAUCUUUUUGAGCCAGAUCACUGGAGCCGUAAUAACCUGUUGAAAAUUGUUUAAGUUUGUGCAAGAAUGAUAGACGAUCUAAAAUGAUGAACUUUGCUGACACUUCAUCUUUUAUGUCUGAACUCAGGGCCAGGUGUCACAUUAGGCACUGUGCCUGCAGGCUAAGAAUAUUCAUAGGUCUAUGAAAAUGCCACCAAUUUGCCAGAAAACACUCCUAUAGGCCUAUUAACAGGGGUUUUAGCUUCCUCUUUUGGUGGUGGGAAGGGACGCAAGGAGGAAUAGCAACUCUGUGAAAUUGGUGAGAGUUGGACAAGCGAAGGACCUACAGAACACUUAUCCAGCUUUGUCUGAAAUGUGUACGUUUUCCACUGUUUUUGUAAAAUAUUUAUGUCCUAUAAUUGUAACAUAUAUGGCCACAGAAGCAGAUUUGAGUAAUAAGGCAGCUUGUUAGAGUUUCAGUAGAAUCCUGUAGACAACUCAGAUUUCAUUUUCAAUUAUUAUACAUUGUAGAAUAAAAUUGUAUCCAUUUUUGAUGGCAAGUAAAGAAUGACAGGAAUUGUGAACGAGAUUGCAGUAAAAUAUUACAGAUUGUUUUCGACUUUAUAAAUAUACAACACUAGAAGCAAACUUAAGCCGUGUCUGAAUUAUUUGACUGAGGCUUGAAAUUACACACGUAGAUGGAGCCGCGACUGUAGACUUUUUAGCCACAGCCAUAAUUUGCACAGUCUUACAUUACCAGAAAGCUGACACUUCAUACUCAUUCAAGUAACUUUCUCUCAAUCAGAAUACUUGAAUUGAGGUUGGAAUCCAUAUGGAAUCUGUACUUCCUUCAAUCAUGGAUACUUCUCUGACUUGAUUAUGCAACAUGACUCAUGUUUUGUAAAAACCACCGAGAUGAUUCUUUAUUACAAUAUGAAAUGAUUGUUUUUUUAAAUAAAUAAAUGUAUUGAUAGAGAUUUUACUAUUGUUAUUGCCUUAAAAUAAAUAAAGUGAUUUAAAUCUAAUCAAAAAGU